UUGACUCCCCAUGCAUUUCGGGCAUAACGAGAUCGUUGGCUUAGAUGCGCUAGCCUAGGAUUGGACUGCGUUAAGAUGUCGUCGAGCAACGGCGGACUCACCAGUGCCAGCAACGGCCGCAGCGGUAGCACCGGCAGCGCAAACAUAAACCUUAAUCUCAAGGGCCAGGAGCGGGCUGUCGGAGCGGCCUCUGGGGCUGGUGGAUCAGGUGCCACGACCACGUCAAUUACACAUAAAACACUGCCGGACCUGAAGACGCAGAGGAGCAAUAGCGCAUGUACCGCCCACGAGUCACUUACCGCCCUUCGUCGCAUCGCGCUGCCGGAAAAGUCGCCCGAGAAGCCGCUAAGCUAUGCUGCGCCCCAAAGCCCCUUAAGCAAAGAGGCUAAGGACGGCCACCUGGUGUACUGCGAUGGGCGGCUACACUCGGGUCCGCUGCAAUCACUCAUUGUCCACAUGGUCCCUACCCACGAAUACUACCCGGAUGACGGAUUUGUUUCGCAGUUCCUCCUUAGCGCCCCUUUUGUGCGCCCCCACGAACUUUUGGCGCAGAUCUCUCAGACUUGGGAACAACAGCAGCAGGAUGUGAGCGCCGGCGGAGACGUGGUGGACGAUGCCGGACAGGUGCCUGGCCGACCCAUGCUGCUUAGCAUCAAUUCCGCUUCGCCGCUGACGCAGCGGAAGGGAUCCGCGGCGGCUGUUGCAGCUUCCAGUUCGGAGCUGGAGCCGCGACCCCAGCAGCGGACGAGCACUCAGCGCUCUGCCCAGUACUGCAUAAGGCUGCUUUCGGAAUGGAUCGAGAUCUUUCCGUACGACUUCAGAGAUGAGCGGCUAAUGCAACAGGUUCGCAUUUUGGCGAGGAAGUGCGUAUAUAUCGACAAUUCGCUGGGCAAGCAGGUAUCGCGUAUACUGCAGCUACUAGUUUCCCGGCUAACGUCACUAGAGCAGUACGAGGAGUUUCUGCAGACGCUAACCUCGGAGGAGGCACAGAGUCAGCAGCAGCAGCAGCACCACCACCACGGACAUCAUCAUCACUUGCACAAUGCCUUUCAGACCUUUUUGGGCACCUCUUCCCAUGCCAACGGUGCCAGUGGCGGCGGAUCAACCAGCGGCACCUCUAAUUCCUCCUCAAGUGGCCACACCUCCUCUGCCUCCACCUCCAACUCGAUCUCCACAACUCCACAGCCGGACGAAGUGUUCGGCAUUAUGGACAUGUGUCCAAGCUGUGCCGACUUGGCACACCAGCUGACUGCCAUCGAGCUGGAGCGCUUGUCGCACAUUGGGCCGGAGGAGUUUGUCCAAGCCUUCACAAAGGAUUACCAGCAGAAGGCCAAGGAUGGGAGCAAGGAGGGCAGCAAAGGAAAAUGCAUUGGAGGCGGUGGUGGUUCGUUGAACGACAUGAAAAAGACACGGAACUUGGAGUCUUAUGUGCAAUGGUUCAAUCGCCUCAGUUAUUUGACGGCCAGCGAGAUUGUCAAGUACCCUAAGAAAAAGCAGCGUGUGCGUAUUAUAGAGUAUUGGAUUGAGACAGCCCGCGAGUGCUUCAACAUUGGCAACUUUAAUAGUCUGAUGGCCAUUAUAGCUGGUCUAAACCUGGCGCCCAUAGGCAGACUUAAGAAGACGUGGGCCAAAGUGCAAUCGGCCAAGUUCUCCGUGCUGGAACAUCAAAUGGAUCCAACAUCGAACUUUAACAGCUAUCGCUCCACGCUCAAAGCUGCGAUGUGGCGCUCGGAGGGCGCUACUGAGGAACGAGAACGCAUAAUCAUUCCAUUCUUUAGUUUAUUUGUUAAGGACUUGUACUUUCUGAACGAGGGCUGUUCAAAUCGACUGCCAAACAAUCAUAUCAACUUCGAGAAGUGCUCCCAACUGGCCAAACAAGUGAUGGAGUUUAACGAGUGGAAAAAAGUGAACUGUCCUUUCGAGAAGCUGCCCAACAUCAUAGCCUAUCUUCAACACAGCGCAGUGCUCAAUGAGAACACUCUUUCGUUGGCAUCCUUCGAGUGUGAGCCAGAGAACACGGAGGAGAAGGACCGCUACAAGACCGUAAAGGCGGAGACAAAGCAACAACUGCUACAGCAGCUGCAAGAGCAGCAACAAUAGUCGCAGUAACCACUAUGUAGAGGGUAGACUAAGCUACGCUUAAGCGCUUGCCAUGAUUAUUUUUUCACUAGAGCCGUAAGACCGGGGAUAUUUAAGUCUAAGUUAAUGAGAAGAUGAGUACAGAGGGUCAAACAAGCCCCAAGCCCUGAUUAGCCCCUUGCUGCGAAAGAAAAGCUUUUGAAGCUAAAUUGUGUCAAU